CCCACUGUACGCAAUUAUCCGAGAGGUUUGGUGUCUGAGAGCAGACAGCGCGCGCGCUCCGUGGUUUUUAAAGUCCUCUCCGCCGAGAGUUUUAGUCUGCCGGUAGCCAAGUAACCGCGAGCUCGCCUUGUGUCAUCGUCGUCGUCGUCGUCGUUGUGUCCCCGUAGGAGAAGCUUUUGUGUAUAUUGUGCGGUGUUUCACGAAGCUAGAGAGAAAGUGAGAGAACGAGUAAACUUCAAAGUCAGCACGCGAUAUGGUAGAGGUACUGAUGGAAUCAGGCGGCCAGGAGGUGGCCCUCGCGGAAACGUGCAGCUCGCGAGCUGGAACACCAACCGAAUGCACUGCCAAAUUGGUAACACAUUCGCAGACGCAAAAGAUAAAUGACGAUGAGAAUACAACGGUCGCGAUGACACCAAUACAAGAGUUUUACGCUGGUCAGAGUAUUUUCAUUACCGGCGGUACUGGUUUUAUGGGCAAAUUGCUGAUCGAGAAGCUGUUACGCAGUUGUCCUGGAAUCGCAUUUAUUUAUCUACUGGUACGUCCGAAGAAAGGCAAGGACGUUCAUCAAAGGACCGAAGAGCUCAUUGAUGAUGUUCUUUUUUUGAAAUUGAAAGAAGAGCGACCGAAAUUCCGAUACCAAAUUGUCGCUGUUGCCGGGGAUUGCAGCCUUCCAGGACUCGGUUUAUCGGCAGCGGACCGAACAAUCUUGACGCGUGAAAUCUCGAUCGUCUUUCACGUAGCUGCAACCGUAAGGUUCGACGAGAAACUCCAGCUCGCCGUCGCUAUCAAUGUACAGAGUCCUGGGGAUAUCAUCAAGCUUUGUAAAGACAUGACGCAGCUCAAGGCAUGCGUUCACGUAUCGACGGCCUAUGCAAACUGCGUGCAUAACGAGAUCGAAGAGAAAUUCUACGACGCGCCGAUCGACGGCAACAAGCUUAUUGCGCUCGUUGAGGGCAUAGAUGAGAAGCUCAUCGAUGACAUCACGAGACCCAUACUCGGUCAAUGGCCUAACACUUAUACCUUCACUAAAGCAGUGGCAGAGGAUGUGAUUUGCAAGGAAAGCGGCGAUUUACCUAUUGGAAUCUUUAGACCCGCUAUUGUGAUUUCAACAUACAUGGAACCCGUGCGAGGCUGGAUCGAUAAUAUGUACGGACCAACAGGUGUGGCCGCUGGUGCAGGUGGAGGGCUGCUUCGCUCCCUGCAUUGUGAUGGUAAACUAAAAGCAAAUGUCGUUCCUGGCGACCUUACCAUCAAUGCUCUCAUUGCUAGCGCGUGGGACAUUGCUAACGUUGGAAAAAACAACAAAAACACCAAAGAAAUACCAAUCUACAACUACGUAUCGAAAGAUAAUCCUAUUACUUGGGAUGAAUUGAAGGAUUACUCAGCCAUAUACGGUGUCGAAUAUCCAUUAACACGUGCCGUAUGGUACUACAGUUUCCGCAACACCAAGAGCAAGUUUGUCCAUACAUUGUACAUGUACUUCUUGCAUCUUCUGCCAGCUCUGUUGGUAGACACCGUGACUCUGUGCCUUGGAAAGCAGCCAAGGAUGCUCAGCAUUUACAAGAAGAUCAUGAAAUUCAUGGAUGUCCUGAACUACUUUACCACAAAAGAGUGGCAAUUCAAAAAUGAUAAUGUGAAUGCUCUUGCCGAUAAACUUCAUAAUAAGGAUAGGAGCUUGUUCUACAUGGAUAUGCGUGAUGUUGACUGGGAUCUCUACUUCCAGAGUUAUAUCAAAGGCAUCAGAACGUAUCUAAUGAAGGAACCUCUGGACAAUCUUCAUGCUGCGAAAAUCAGGUGGCGAAGAAUGUAUUGGCUACAUCAAGCGACGAAAGCCCUCUUCGCCUAUGGCGCGUUGAGGUUGAGUUGGUUCGCGUUGAAAACCGUCUACUAUCUAGUGCUUUAACCAUCUCCGGAAGACAAAGAUAUUUCUUUUUAUUUUGCUGAAACUUCUUGUCGCGACAACGUGGUCGCGUCAAAAAAUACGUGUAUCGUCGGGUGUAACCCAACAUUCCAUCCAUCCGGAGACAUCGCACAUUCGAUCUUCUUCAUUUGUAUUUUUAUUUUACAUAGUUCAGCUUCAAAGACGAAUAUGCGUUAAUUGCAUUUUUUGUAUGUGUUGGAAGACGAGUAAAGCUGACAGAGAUUGCGAAAGCCGUGUUUUAAUCGGCGAUUCCAGAGCAGUAGAAUCACUUUUUAAACGUAACGGUACACUUUUUUGGAUUUUUUUCCUUUUACAUGAUGUUUUCUUGUGCAAGAAACUAUUACCAUGUUACGGGAUGCGUUUUUUUUUUCUUUUUUUUUUAAGACGCGGUGUAGUGAUAUUUGUAGUUUUUUUCUGUACAUGGACUAUUUAUAUUAUACUAUUAAACGUAACCCCUUUUUAUAAUGAAAUCUUUUGUUUAACUUUAUUUCAGUAUUUAAAAUCAUGUUCAAACGGGAGCUCAUAAUUCGUAAUCGAGAUAUCUGACAUUAUUCUCAUAUUUUGUUUGCGACCAUUUAAUGGAUCGGGCAAAUUCUUCUUUGCACAGCAUUGAAUAAUAAAAUCCAUGUAAAGGUCAAGAUUGUUCGUAUGCUUACUAAUAAUGACCUACUAGCGCCGAGCACCGCAGUCAAAAUCAUGACGCAAUCUAAUCAAGCAACUAUGAAUUUUUUACAAUAAUGCUGCCGCAGGUAAGUGCAGACGACAUAAUCGGAAUCGUAAAAAAGUAAUUAUUUAUUUGCACUGAAGUAUAAUCAAUUGCGAUUUGUAAAGCGAGUAAAUAAACAUAAAACGACAACGAGUACCGUUGAAAUAAACCGAAAUCGCGUUCGCAAAGCCAUUGCGCCACUGAUUACGUAUGCAAUGUAAUUUCCGACUCGUUCGAAAGGACUUGCGAGCUCGGAAGCUAAACGUACUUUCGUCAAAUGCGAAUGGUAAGGAUCGUCUUAUAUAACCGAGGCUACGAAUUCCAAAAUCGGAU